AUGCCCCCCAGUGGCUCAUCGUUCACGGCAUUGAAUUUGCCUGCAGACUUUACGAUCCCGCAAUGCAUGGAAUACUUUACCCUCACCGCAGGGCCGAACACUGAUCUUUGGCGGAAACCCCCAAACGGAGACACUUCGACAGCUCCCAUUUUGUUUACCUCAUUACGGAAUCCGUUCUUGGUCGCCGAAGUGACCGUGACGGCGGACUUUGAGAUGGAAUGGGACCAGGGAGGCUUGGUUAUUUUCGCCGGCAGUGCUCCCCAGUCAAUAUCUUCUGAUACCGUUCCGGUGGUCCAAUCAAAUAGAUUCGGGGGCAGCAAUCCACGGAACAGCCGGCCAUGUAAAUGGGUCAAGGCAGGCAUGGAAUUUUGCUCUGGCGCAACCAACGUUUCAUCCGUCAGCGCAACAGCAGACGGGGCUGACUGGUGCUUGUCGCCACUCAGCGUGCCGGAUCGAGGGCCGUCAGCCAUCCAUUCACUACGCCUCAAACUCGAACGAGUCGGCCACUCACUCUGGGUCUGGUACCAGGUUCCAACGAUAUCCCCGUAUGCGACCUCACCAAGCGCGGUGGGCAGUACGUGGAAAAAGAUGCGGGAAGUCACCUGGUUCUUCUACGGGGUAGAAGACAAGUUCAUCCACGUCGGUGUGUAUGCCAGUCGGCCGGCGAAUAUUCAGAGUAGCAGUACCGUCUGGGCCAUGACUCACCGGCCAGCGUUGGGGUCGAGCUCCAGCGCGCCAGGGAUAGGUGAUCACUUGGUGGUCGAGUUUGAAGACUUGGAGAUCCUGUGA